CGGGGGGAGAAGAACUGCAAUCCGCCGGCGUUUGGCACCGAUGUUUUCCUCCUCCGAGCUGCCAGCGGCACUCAUCUCUGACUCUGAUCAUAUCAGCUGUACUGCUACUUUUAAUAUUCAGAAGUAUGAGUACUUAGUAUGUGCGGCAGCCGACCGAGAUCCUACUUCUGGUAGACAGCCUAUACAACAAAGUACCAAAGGUCAGAAAGUCCAGACUGGUAGACCUACUACAGACACUGCAGUAAUACUACAGUACAGAGCUGAUACAGUAGGACAUAAAACACACUUUAAAGCAGCAUGAAGUACCACCGAGCUCCUCUGAGGAAUACUGCAGGAAUUUAUUAGUAUUUAAGACUGAAACACACGUGCAGAACACUGCAGUGAUACAGGAAGUAUCAUUCAGGUGUUUGUGAGUACUACAGCAGUACAGUGACAGUACUACAGCAGUACUGUGUUGGGAGAUAAUCUGAUAAUUGAGCUCAGAGGAUUUUCUGCCUGGAGAUGAGAAGCACCGCGGAGAGGAGAGAGGAAGAGGAGGAGGAGGAGGAGGAGGAGAGGAGCUGCCGGAAGAAGAGGAGAAGGCCACUGAGACUCCACAUGCCCGACCUCAGUCUGUUUACCAUGCCCUUCCUGGAGGGAGAUCCAGGCCGAGCCGAGAGAGAUGGCAGCAGCAGGAAGCAGGGGGAGGCUCUUUGCCAUUCAGCCAGCCCCACCAGGAGUUUCUUCCAUCGGGCUCCAUUCAGUCGGCCCUCCAGUCCCCGUUCUGCUCCAGCCAGAGCAUCCAGCUCCAAUAUGAGCCCUGGCUCCCCGAAAACCAUUUUCCCCUACCUGAGUGGACCCCCUCAGCAGGAGUCACCACCCAAGUCUCCACGCAGGCUGAGUUUCACUGGGAUCUUCAGGUCAGCCUCCAGGGAUUCAAACCAGCAACCCUCAUCAUCCCCCGUCAGCAUCAAACUGUUCAGCCGCAACAGGAGAGACAAGGCCAGAGGUACAGAAUGUGUGUGUGUGUGUGUGUGUGUGUGAGUGUGUAGGAAACAACACCGCCACCUGCUGAUCAUGCUGGAGAAACGCGUCCUCUGUGUUCCAUCUUGUAGAAUGUGUCCUGCAGUCCUUCAGUUUGAUCUGUCCAGGUCUGAGACUUGAGCUGGAAUUGAACGCAGCAGAAUUUAUCUUUAUAGUCCAACCAGGCUGGAAAUUCGCUCAGCAAACAUGAAAGACACACAGAGAAGAAGAAAACUUGAUGUUAGGUUCUGUGGCUCAGAUUUUAAUGCUGCAGCACAAACCAAACUCCAUUCAAUAUUUCACUACUUUACAGGCAAAUUCAUUAGCAGUCAUUAGCACUGAAGUGUUGAGCUGUAGGUACCUUAAACUGGUCUCGUCAGCCUGCCAGACUUGGCUCAGGACUGAAGGAACUCAAAACAGGCUGCCGCAGUAAGUUUAAAUUAUUUAAAUAUAUAUAUAUAUAUUUACUUUAUUAAUCCCAAACUGGGAAAUGACUUCUCUGCAUUUAAUCCAUCACUGAUUGAAACACACACCACACACUUGCAACAUGCAGUGAAACACACAGGAGCAGUGGACAAAUUGAGGGUUGAGUGCCUUGCCCAAGGGCACAUCAGCCAGCUAAUGGAGGGGGGGGGGCAUUUUUCCCAUUAAUCUCUCCACCACACCCGAUUUUUUCCUGCCCACGCACACACACACACA